GGAAAAGUCUCCUACAGUCUAAUGGACGUUUUCAAAGAGGAGCGAGUUCACCGACAUGGCCCACGUUAAAUCAUCAUCAAUAUUUUUGAUCAUCACAUCGUUCCUGCCUGUGCUUUCUACUAAAGACCUGAAGGAGAAAGCCCGACCUGGAGGUGAUGUCACCCUGAUCUGUCAGGCUCCUGAUGGUGUCGACAUCACAGUGGUAGAGUGGAGACGAACUGACUCGGAGGAUCUACAUGUUUUUCUUUAUCGAGACGGACACGUUGACUCAUUCAAACAGCAUCCGUCUUUUAAGAACCGAGUGGAGCUGAAAGACAAAGAGAUGAAGAACGGCGACCUGUCUGUGAUUCUGAAGAACGUGAAGAAGGAGGACAGUGGAACAUACGAGUGUCGCUUCAAAGUUACUGAGGCCAAACGCAGGAAGAGAGCCAUUAUUAAAACCAAGCCCAUCAGCACCAUCCAGCUGGAGGUUGUAGAUCCAGAUCCAGGUCUGACAGAGGAACACAAUGAAGAUCCAGCAGAGGAACCUGCUGGGCGUCAGCUUUAUAUUAUAGUGGCAGUAGUUGGUGCACUGGCAGUUAUUGUUGUUGUUGUUGUUUGUGUGAAACAACCCAGACAUGACGACCGCCCACAGUCAGAGUCUGACGAAAUUGAGAUGGAGCCAAUCAGCAUAAAUCAGGAGAGUUAGACCAGUCUGUGGUUGUGUGCAGGUGUGUGUGAUGCUGCAGGUGUGUGUGAUGCUGCAGGUGUGU